UCUCUCUGCUCGCUGGGAGAAAGACGGAGAAGAAGGAGGAGCCGGAACAACAUUAGCAUUAGCUUUGCGUAGCUAAGCAUUAAAUCCUGGUGUCUGCUGUAUACAAACUAGUUAUUAAACCCCCUUUUUUAGAGGCGUUUUAUUUUUGCUAAUCGGGUUUUUAGUGUAACAGUACAAGUAAUUGCGUUAUAAUGAGAUUAUAGCUCCGUUUAAUUUAGUUAGCUACGUGCUGAUAUAUACAACUCCUACGUAAUGAACGUUAGCCAGCUAGCUAGCUCAGGGCUGUAAAUAGGUUUUAAUCUGAGCAGUGCGGAUUCGGUUUUCGGAUAAAUGUCUGGAAGUGAAGAAGAAGGACGUGUUUUAUAAAACGAGACCAGGAGUAACGUUAUCAUCUGCUGCGUUUUGACAUUUAUUUACGGUUUUACUCACGUCAGCCUAGAAAAUAUCUCGCUUUUUAAACAGUGUGCAUUAUGCAUUCAUAAAAGUUAAAUUUUUCCCCUGUGUAAUGACGCAUUAUAAAGAUGGGGAGUCCGUUUAAAAUCCCGAAGAUGAAGCAACCUUCGGCUUCCUCUGGCAUUCGCAUGACGUCACCACUGGCGAAGCUUCAGGAUGACGUCACACCCAAAUCACCCUGGAAUCGAGUCCCUUUUAACAAGCAGAAGCCGAACGGAAGCAGCUGCGUGAACGGAAGGAGAGAAACGAAGCCUGGAUUCAUUGGAGCAGAGCGAUGGAGACCCAAGAGAGCGUCAGACAAGCUGCGUCAGCGUGAGGACGACAAACACACCCCCGCAGCUAAAAAGCAAUGUGAACCCAGGCUCAGUGAGAACCUCCAUCCUUCACAGCCCGAAGACACAGAGACGAAGACGACGGCGUCUCCGGUCCGAGACACACAACAAUCUGUGAACACGGGGGUAAAGGACAAGCCGAACGGACGGCUCACACCCGAGCCCACCGAAGACGGAGUGCGUGCGACGCUAGCGGGGACGCCCGCGGACGCCGACUCUCCAAACACCAGGAAACUCCGCCUCAGACUUUCGCUUAAAACGAACAAGCGAGGCAGAGCGAGCUGCGCAGAACCCAUUGUGCUAUCCAGUGGUGAUGAAGAUGAGGGAGAGGAUGAAGCACACAGAGGUGCUCAAAUAAACCCUGAUGUACAGAAGAGCCAAAAUGUCCUUUCCGGAGGUCAGAGUUCAUCUUCUCCUGCCACCAUGGAACUCGCUUUCUCCACUCUGUACUUUGGCAUGACGCGGAGUUACGCCAAUGGACCAGUCAUGGAUGAAGCACACAGAGGUGCUCAAAUAAACCCUGAUGUACAGAAGAGCCAAAAUGUCCUUUCCGGAGGUCAGAGUUCAUCUUCUCCUGCCACCAUGGAACUCGCUUUCUCCACUCUGUACUUUGGCAUGACGCGGAGUUACGCCAAUGGACCAGUCAUGAUCACAGAAGAGAGCAUCUCCAUCCAGCUGAAAGGGGCAGAGGCAGACGGCGGUGACGGCGAGUGUGUAUCGGUGUGUGUGGUUCCUUCGGAGCUGCAAGCAUAUGGCGUGUGGGACCCUCGCGGCUUCGAGUCGACGGAGCUGCGUGGCUCUUCAUCCUCCCUCCUCUUCUUCAGUUUGAGCGACGCUCAGGCCCGACUGAUACACACCGAACUCUCGGCGCUGCACAAACACACAUCGGCCCCGCCCUGCCCGUUUGUAUUGGUGCACCUGAUUGGUCGGUUGGACGAGCUGCAGGAGGCCACAUUAGCAUCUCUGAUGGACAUGAUGGCUUUAAGGAGAGGACAGCCAUCCUUAGGGACACCUCUGUCCCAAGAGGACGGGCUGAAGCGGGUCCUGAGGCACCCCCGUGGUGCACACUUCCUCAAUCUGCUGGGGAGGAAAGUAACCAGUCAGGAGAGUACCAAUGGGACCAAAAGUACCAAAGUUCCAGAGGUUACAUGUACCAGACACACACUUCGCAGCCAUACAAGGCAACCAAACAUGCCCAGAAGGUUAAUCCAAUACCCCCCUCCACCCUGUAAAGGCGGCAUCACCGUGACAACCGAAGACCUGGAGUGCCUUAGGGACGGCGAGUUCCUCAACGACGUCAUCAUCGACUUCUACCUCAAGUACCUGCAGCUGGAAAGAGCGGAUCGGGACGUGGCCGAAAGGUCGCACAUCUUCAGCAGCUUCUUCUACAAGCAGCUCACACGCAAACCAAACAGCAGCGAGGAGGAGGCCGGCGGCACAGCCCAGUACAGACGACACGGCAGAGUGAGAACGUGGACCAGAAAUGUCGACAUCUUCAGCAAGGACUACCUCUUCAUACCUGUCAAUCAAGAAGCCCACUGGUACCUGGUGGUGAUCUGUUUCCCGGGUCUGCUGCAGCCCGAAUGUGUGUCGUGGAAGAAAAGCCAAACAGGAAAUUCGGCUGAUCCAAAGGGCAAUUCAAAGGGCAGCGCUCUUAAAUCCAGCGAUCUUUGGACUGCACUGUGCUCACCUGCCAGAGGAACAUGGUCACCAGGAGGCAAGCCUUGCAUUCUAAUCAUGGAUUCUCUGAAGCUCUCCAACCACUGUCACAUCUGCACGCUGUUACAAGAGUACCUCCAGGUGGAGUGGGAGGUACGAAGAGGAACUCCACGAGUGUUCAACAAGGACAGCAUUAAAAGGAGCCAUUGCAAAGUGCCUCUGCAGGACAACAGCAGCGACUGUGGCCUUUACCUCCUGCAGUAUGUCGAGAGCUUUCUACAGAACCCGAUCGUCCACUUCGACCUUCCGCUCCGUCUCGAGCUCUGGUUUCCGCGGCAACAGGUCCGCCGAAAGCGAGCCGAGCUCCGUGAGCUGGUACUCCAACUGUAUCAGGAGCAAGUGGGCGAAGUCGUGCGGGGCAGCCGCUGACGCGACCGGGGGGCGGCUUUACACAGACGUCCGUUGCCUCCUCAUAAUGGGACGAGCUCCAAUCCCAAGAGCGACUCCGGUGCUGCACGGACACGUGAAAACACGACUCAUCAUUAAAAUUGUAAUAUCAUGUUUCUUUAAUUCCACGACGUGAAAUCACCUCGACGAGGUUUUAGUGUGAGAGAACACAACGCUGUGCAAACAGAACUUAGAGUGACACCGUUUUACAAAGAUAUGAAGAUUAUUUGUGUUUCCUGUUUAUUUAUUGUUAUUUUAUAUUUGUAUAAUUGGUGUUUUAAUAUAUGAAGAAAUAAACAAAUAAAACCAGAGAUGUAUCGCUUGU